UAAAAGUGAACGAUAGAAAUUUGGCUUCAUUGAGAAACUGGCAGCAGAUUGAGCGGAGCUGGUGCUGAGCGGUCGUGUUUGCGAGACCCGAGAGAUUGAGAAUGGGAGCUGGGUGUUUCUUCUCUGCGUUAGCGAUGGCUUUAAUGUGUGGAGCCUGGGCUGCAGAAUACCUACAUGAGGAGGUCCAGGUCUACGUGGUCCAGGACGGCAGCCCCGACAAACAGUUCGACCUGUUGGUGGACGGGGAUGAGGUUCUCUACAUGGACUUCAACCUGAAGAAGGAGGUGCCGCGGAUCCCCGAGUUCCAGGGCCUCGUGAUGCGGGCAGGAGAGGCGGGGAUCUCGGCACAAGUCGCCAUCCUGAAACAGAACUUCAAUGUUUGCAAGAACCUGUCGCACGGGAGCCUGGAGCCCAAAGUUGCCCCUCAGACUGCCAUGUACCCUGAGGAACCCGUGGAGUGGGGUCGGCCCAACACCUUGAUCUGUGCGGCCGAUGGAUUCUUUCCUCCGCGCAUCAGCAUGAAGUGGAAGCGGAACGGUGUGUCUGUGACCGAGGGAAUCAACACCACGGAGUACUAUAUGAAGAACGAUUACUCCUUCCAGAGGUUCACCUACCUGAGCUUUGUCCCGAGCCCUGGAGACAUGUACUCUUGCCACGUGGAGCACGAGGCUCUAGGGAACCCCAGCACCGUCUUCUGGGAACCCGAGGUACCUGAGGAAGGCUCUGGCCCUGGAACCGUGAUCUGCGCUCUGGGACUCUCUCUGGGAAUCAUCAGUGCCGUGGUGGGAGUCGUCUUACUGAUCAAAGAGAGGCAGCGGCUGCAGGCUCAGCAGCAAGGCAUCUAGGGACCCACCGUUCCACUGUCCCGAGCUCACCCACAGGGUCUGCCUCUAGCUGCCAGUUCACCUCAGCCCACCCGUGAGACCAACGCUCGCUCCACGAAGCCGCCGGGUACAACUCAGCUGAAGCCGUUCCUGCAGCAAUAAACCCUCGACUUCA